UUACCAUGCUUAUUGUUUUGCUCUCGCUUCACUACCCGGAAGCGAGAGUUUGCCAUCUACAGGCUAGCUGUUACCUUACGCGAUGAGGGCACAAAAGAACAGAAAAACAUAGCAGAAAUUGUUGCAUUUUCAGAAUAAAGGACAAUUUAGAGAGCAGUUACACUAAAUUUAAGGAUUAACACAUCUGUUACUCACAACGUAUCUUGUCAAGACUGCUAGCUAGCUAACAUUAGCAGUGGUUUGCCGUUAUGGCUGUGGCACUUAGAUUAUGCGUUUUGGCUGGAUAUAUACUUUUACUGUUGUCUGGAUGCAAAGCAAGGAUACAUAAGCUUACUCUAAAGAAUGAAACUCGCUCCGCCGUUGACCUCAACAACUUUGGAUUCUUUGCCAACGGGACUCUGGAUGUCAAACUUCUUUCUCUGAGCCUCCCAGAAAAGCUGAACUACAGCCUGAACCCUGUCGGGUUCAGCCUCUCCAGGUCCCGUGUGAAUGGAGUCUUGUCCUACACAGCAGAGGAGCCGGAGAUCUGCCCGCUCAUUCUCACAAAUGUGGCCAACAAGGAGCCUCUCAUUCUUUUUCUAAUUGAUGUCAACACGCUCAGUGUUCAUGUUAAAGCCAUGGGUGAACAAGACAACCUCCUGAUAGCGAAGCCGAAGGCUGAAGCACCUAAAGGUCAAAGGAAAAGCAGGGAUGUUCCUGUUCCUCCUGCCGAUGCAGUGAAAAAGGUUGAUACACCGUUGGCUGAGGACAAAGUCACUAAAAAAAAUGAUACCCCAGAUGAGAAUCAAGUGGUUGAUCCAAAGACUAAAGAAGUCACUGAAGAGAAGCCGAAGAUUACAGUAGAAGAGAAGCCGAAGAUUGGAGUAGAAGACAAGAAAGCAGAGGAGAAAGAAUUCCUGCUGGGGAAGACCAAACAGCUGACUUUAGCUCUGGACAAAGUCAACGACCUCUACAACUUCAGCUUCCACAUGGUGGUGGGCGAGCUGGCAGAGGGUCUUUACAGCCUCAAGUUCCACUACUGCAAGAACAGGAUCCCUGGACCCAAACACCCCUACUCGUUGACUGUGGAAGUGACGGAGACGAAUCCCGGCGGCUACCUAUCUGCAGCAGAAAUUCCUCUGUCUCGCCUUUACAUCGGCAUGGCUGGAGUCUUCUUCACUGCUGCCUUGGUCUGGGUGUACACACUCAUGAAGCACAGGUACAGCGUGUUCAAGAUCCACUGGCUGAUGGCAGCGCUGGCCUUCACCAAGUCCACAUCUCUGGUUUUCCACAGCAUCAACUAUCACUUCAUCAACACUGAGGGGCAUCCCAUUGAAGGCUGGGCUGUCAUGUAUUAUAUCACCCACCUGCUUAAAGGAGCUCUCCUCUUCAUCACCCUGGCACUGAUCGGCACCGGCUGGGCCUUCGUUAAAUACAUCCUGUCCGACAAGGAGAAGAAGAUCUUCAUGAUUGUCAUCCCUCUGCAGGUUCUGGCUAAUGUGGCGUACAUCAUCAUCGAGUCCACAGAGGAAGGCUCCAGUGAAUAUUACCUGUGGAAAGAGAUCCUCUUCCUGGUCGACCUCAUCUGCUGCGGAGCCAUCCUCUUCCCUGUUGUCUGGUCUAUCCGUCACCUGCAGGAGGCGUCUAGCACUGAUGGCAAAGCCGCCAUGAAUCUGGAGAAACUCAAGCUCUUCCGGCAUUAUUAUGUGAUGAUCGUGUGUUACAUCUACUUCACAAGGAUCAUAGCCAUUCUGCUCAAGGUCACCAUGCCUUUCCAGUGGCAGUGGUGCUAUGAGUUUCUGGUGGAGGUGUCUACUCUGAUCUUUUUCGUGUUGACGGGCUACAAGUUCCGACCGGCGUCCAACAACCCCUACCUCCAGCUUCCCCAGGACGAGGAGGACGUGGAGAUGGAUGAAGUAGUGACUGAGUCAGGAGCACUGGAGGGAAUUUCCAAAGUCAAGAAAACCUCUAACGGACGUGAUCGCCAGAAAGAGUCCAGCUUGUGAGCGGGAGGCUGCAUCAUGGGUGCAGGAGGCGGGGGGAACCCAGUAAACAUCCCCCAGGGAUACACAUGGACCAAGGCUCCCAACAUCCCCUCACAGUGUCGGCUUCCCUUUUGAAACUCUUGAAGUGGUUGCAGCCCACUGUCUGGCUAUGCAAAAAAAUAAAGACUCACUUUGUUUCCUUGGAGCACUCCACCCAGAAACUCUGAAAGCUCGUGCUCCUGCCACAUGGACGGAUGGAGACACGGAAAGGAGCUCUGAUACUCUCUCAUCUCUCUCUCUCUCUCUCUCUCUCUCUCUCUCUCUCUCUCUCUCUCUCUCUCUCUCUCUCUCUCUCUCUCUCUCUCUCUCUCUCUCUCUCCAAAGAUAAUUAUCAUUUUAGAGGAAGCCUUGCUUUCCUUUGUGUUUAUAUUGGAUAUUUAAAAACGGUACUUCUGCGAGCCUCUUUGCUGUACCAUUUUGUGUGUGACGUGAGUACAGGUGUGUGAGUGUGUGUGUGUGUGAAUGUUGGACAACACAUGAUUUUGACACAACCGUUGCCCCCUCCCUUUGGAGACGUUGGCCCGCACUCAGGUAAACGGCUAAUCAGUAUAUACUUCAAAUUUAGGCAACUACGCAUUUCUCUUUCCUGCUGUUCAGCGGUCAGUGACGUCCAACGAGUGAUUGUACACCUUCAUCCCCACACAGUACAAAUUGUUUCCCUCAAAUUAGAUUUUAUAUUGAAAUAUCUGGAUGUGAGAGGUUGUGUAUUUCAGUGAACUAACUUUUACAUAUUGAAAUGUUGUAUUUCAGUAUUACGGUUUAUGUUGGAGAGGUCUUUGCAGUCCUUCAGAUGGGCUGCUGCUGUAAUUUAAAGCUUUAGUGGUUGAAGUCAAACAGGUUUUUUGGAUCAGUGUCCAGAGCAGUGGCCCCAUCGUGUUCACAUAGGAUUGUUUUUUCUUUCUUUUGUUGGCCACGCUGUGCCGUUCAUGGCAGAGAAGUGACCUAAUCCAUCUUUUUUUAAACUGUGUCUGCUUUUGGUUUUACCUUCUUUGCUCUUGAUAUGAAGCUUAUUUUAUGAAUUAUUGAAGAACUUCUGGUGAAAGAUCAGUUUUGUGUGCUGCAGCUGUGCGGGCGGGGUAGACGGACAUUUGUAAAUAAUUUACAGAGGAAGACUGUUGAUACAAAAGGAGGCACAUAACACUUUCAUAAGAACUGCUUAGAGGCUUUAUAGACGGUUAUAAUGACACAGGCUCAGUUUCAAUGAGGUUUAUCCAUUCCUUCAACAGAUCGAGGGCAAUAUUUAAUACAAAGGAAAGACUACUGAGAUUUGUUGGCAGACACUCCUGCAUGGAGCUGUACAGAGUUUACAGACUUGUCUCUGAGGGGACAGCAGUGAGCAGUCUCUAAACCAGAUGAAAGGUUUUGUGCUUGUUACAGGCCGAUGUUUGAUGUCUGUGUGAACUGUCACAAUAAAGCUGGUGUUCUUGAAAGGA